CUUCGCCGCCUGGCGCCCGCCGGAGCUGCAGCCGCGUCGAGCUCGGCCCGUGCUCUCGCCCAGGCGGCGGCCGACGCGACGUCCCGAGCGCCUCGGCCCCGCCGCCGCUGCGGCCCGGCAGGCUUCAGCUAGUGGCUGGCCUCUUUCCACUGAGUCUUCUGCUGGAAGCUGUGCACCUCUCCAUCUGCGCCUCCUCCCUGGUGGGCUUCAGAGCCAUGGCCACAGAGGAGAAGAAGCCGGAGACGGAGGCAGCCAGAGCACAGCCAGCCCCAUCGUCUUCUGCCACUCAGAGCAAGCCUACACCUGUCAAACCAAACUAUGCUCUGAAAUUCACCUUGGCUGGCCACACAAAAGCUGUGUCCUCUGUGAAAUUCAGUCCCAACGGAGAGUGGCUGGCAAGUUCUUCUGCUGAUAAACUCAUUAAAAUCUGGGGAGCAUAUGAUGGAAAAUUUGAGAAAACCAUAUCUGGUCACAAGUUGGGAAUAUCAGAUGUAGCCUGGUCGUCAGAUUCCAACCUCCUAGUUUCUGCCUCAGAUGACAAAACCUUAAAGAUAUGGGAUGUGAGCUCGGGAAAGUGUCUGAAAACCCUGAAGGGACACAGUAAUUACGUCUUUUGCUGUAACUUCAACCCCCAGUCCAACCUCAUUGUCUCAGGAUCCUUUGAUGAAAGUGUGAGGAUAUGGGAUGUCAAAACAGGGAAGUGCCUCAAGACUUUACCUGCUCACUCGGACCCCGUCUCGGCUGUUCAUUUUAACCGUGAUGGAUCCUUAAUAGUUUCCAGUAGCUAUGAUGGUCUCUGUCGGAUAUGGGACACAGCCUCGGGCCAGUGCUUGAAGACGCUGAUCGAUGAUGACAACCCUCCCGUGUCCUUUGUGAAGUUCUCUCCGAACGGCAAAUACAUCCUCGCUGCAACCUUGGACAACACGCUGAAACUCUGGGACUACAGCAAAGGCAAGUGCCUGAAGACGUACACGGGUCACAAGAACGAGAAGUACUGCAUAUUUGCAAAUUUCUCAGUUACUGGUGGGAAGUGGAUCGUGUCUGGGUCUGAAGAUAACCUGGUUUACAUCUGGAACCUUCAGACAAAAGAGAUUGUACAGAAAUUACAAGGCCAUACAGACGUUGUGAUCUCCACGGCUUGUCACCCGACAGAAAACAUCAUCGCGUCAGCCGCGCUAGAAAACGACAAGACGAUUAAACUGUGGAAGAGUGACUGUUAAGCCCUUGUGCUGUGCUGGGAGGGACCGUCAAGACGGGGCCGGCUUGGCACGGAGCACGGAUGUGGACAAGGUGGUCCCCUGGGUCUGGGCUUGAGCCUCCUGUUCGAAGAUUAUUUAGCUGAGGGGAAAAGUGUGUACCUCUGGGAAGUUCUAAAAGUUGCUGGUGACAUUUCUUGCCAGUUCUUCUAACACUGUCUGGGGAAGAGUUCUUGUCUAUGUUGUGUUUAAACAGUCAGCAAACAUUCUAAAUUUUUUAUUACAAAAGGGUGAAGUUCAGUUUAUCAUGAGUUGUGUUUUUUCCAGUCAAUGUUCUGUACCUUUUGAUAUUUUAUUACCUGGUGCACACGUGGUGACCAGCCACGCCACACGCCCUGUGCUUCCCGGCCUCCCCCCCCCCCGCUGCCCCCCCCACCGGCCACCUCUUUUCUGUUUAGUAGAAUGUUCCAGCAACACAGACUGUUAACCGAUUGCUACUUGUAGUAGUUCCCACUGUAUUUUAAAGUCUUUCUGGAAAGCACAGAAUGUUGUAAUGUUAUUUCCGUGUAAAGGUUCUGUGUUUUGGAAGUUCAGUUCACGUGCCGCCAGCAUAGUACGUGCACACCACACCCGUUUAUCGCGUUGGUGUCCCUCCGACAAGUAGCACCACGGAUGGGAGUAAAGGUGGACGCUUGUGGCCACCGCGUUCUAACUCAAAGCUUGUCUCCUCAGUUUUUUAUAAGACGCCUCACAGUUGCCUGGAGAUUGAAUUUUUUCCAAAAGACACAUAUCCCUGAGUGAUGCAUCCGUCAUUUCUUUACUGUCAGGAUCCAGGGUCAGAGCAAGACGGGUCUGUGCCUGCUGGUCAGCAGCGCCGGCCUGUUGGAGCGGGGGCUGCAGCCCUCUCUGUGAAGGAGCCGGGAGUUGUUCUCAGUUGGAGAGGGUCUGAUGCUCUUUCCAGAGAGUUCUGUUGGCAUGUUGAAGUCACUGUCCUGGCAGAGGCUCGUAGAGUGAUUCCGGCCUGGCAUGUAACUUGAAUUCCAGGUUUAGUCUCUAGCCUGACACACAGGGCUGAGGACGCAGUGGUGCCCGCUCCCCAUUGCCAACCUCAGGCUGGUGGGCCGAGGUGCCGGCUUUGUGCGUGUGAGCCCUGAGGCGAGCCUUCCUUCCAUCCUCGCCUCCUCAGGCUUCUGCCCUGCUCGAGCCAGGUGUCUCUGCAGCUUCCUGGCUUCUCCACGUGUUGGUCUGGUUUGGAGAAGAAGCUGAGGGUGCUGCUCCGCGCUGCAGAGCAGAGUUUUACUAGAGCUGCUUCCUGCUUCUGGCCCCUGGGAAGCUCGGGGGAGCCCAAAGGUGCCAGCCCGAGUAUGCUGAGAUGGAGCCCUUUGCAAGGCAGCGUGGCUGUGCAAGUGGCAGGCACCCAGGCUGGGGCAGCUGUCGGGGCAGUUUGCAGGUGGCCAUGUGGUCUGAGGUGCAGCUGGAACGGCCAGCUCUGCCCGUGGUGAGGCCAGUCACGGGGACCAGGCCGGAGGGUUGUGGACGGUGCCGUGCGGUUGAAUAGAUUCCCGGGGGUCCUGGAGUCAUGACAGGCCCCCUGGAGGGAGCAGGGAUGUCUUGGGUGGGCUUCACAGAAUGCUCCAGGGUUCCUGUCGUGCAGGGUGAGAUUAUAAAAGACAUCUGGAAAUACGCUCCCCCCAACGUCUUUUGGAAGUAGAUGUUCAAAUGUGUGAUGUCUUCUAAGGAAUAAACUGCUGUGGUCGGCGGGGUGGGCUUGUCUUUGAAGCGCGGGGUCUAGCGUCCUGAGCUGUAGCCUGCUGGGCCGGGAGGUGCCACCGUUUCGGUCGUGACCUUGGAGUCCCCAGAGGCCGCAGGUGCCAGAGCCACCCGUGCCGCCGGGAGAGGCGCUUGCCCUGCAGCGCCGGGUCCCGAAGAGUGUUUAUUUUUUCUACAUUGGAAUUCUCUGUUGUAGAUUUAUGUAAAAAUACAUUCUCUUUUUGAAAAUAAAGGUUUUCAUGUCUUGUA